AUGGAUGUAGUUAACUUGAUGAAACAGUUGCCAGAGAAAUAUCCGAAAUUGUUUGGCCCGGGCCCUGGGUUGUAUAAUAAAGGGAAACUGAAGUUGGUAUUAAAAGAGGGUGCGCAGCCUGUAGCGCUAAAAGCGAGACAUUUGCCAUUUGCGCUAACAAGCAAAAUAGAGGGCGAAAUUAAUCGUCUUAUUAAGUUAGGGCAUCUUGAGAAGGUCGAGGUGAGUGAAUGGGCAACCCCAAUUGUGCCAGUAAUAAAAGCAGAUGGGUCCGUGAGAAUUUGCGGUAAUUUUAAAUUGACGGUUAAUCCAAAUUUAGUGCGAGAUCGACAUCCGAUACCGUUGAUCGACAAAAUCUUUAUAGCACUGAGAAACGGCAAAAGUUUUACGCAGAUUGAUUUAGAACACGCCUAUAUGCAAAUUCCAGUAGAAGAAAGUAGUCGAGAUUGUUUAACGAUAACGACACAUAAAGGACUGUAUAGGUACACGAAAAUGACUGAGGGCAUUGCAUCAGGGCCGGGUGAUUUUCAACGAAAAAUCGAGCAGUGUUUAGCAGGGAUAAGUGGAGCAAUUCCGUAUUUAGAUAAUAUUUUCUGUACGGGCAAAACCGACGAAGAACACUUAAAAACACUGAACGCGGUAUGUAAGAGGCUCGAAGAAUGCGGCUUCAAAGUGAAUAUAAACAAGUGCGAUUUUUUCAAAGAAAAGUUAGAUAUUCUGGGGUUUGUGAUCGACAAAGACGGAUUGCAUAAGGCCAAAACGAAAGUAAAUGCAAUGAUCGAAGCGCCAACGCCGAUCGAUAAAAAACAACUGGAUUCAUUCUUGGGGCUGGUAACGUAUUAUGCGAGAUUUUUACCCGAGAGAGCGACAAGGCUAAAACCGUUGUAUGAGUGUGCGAAAGCGGAUAGAUUUAAGUGGUCAGAAGAGUGUGCUAAAGCAUUUGAAUGGGUAUUAUCUCAUCGCUAUAAAGACGGAACGGAGAAACCGAUCGCAUACGCGUCAAAGAUAAUCCCCGAGAAAGAAUUAAGCCGGGCUAUCAUUGACAAGGAGGCGAGUGCCAUUGUAUUCGGAUUCAAAAAGUUUUAUAAUUAUAUUUUUGGCAAAGAAAUAACGUUGCGAACAGACCACCAGCCGUUGGUUUUCAUUUUUGGCCCAAAGCAGGAGAUUCCAUUAACAACAGCGAGUAGAUUGCAGAGAUGGGCGUAUUUUCUGUCAAGAUUCACAUAUAAAAUCGAAUUUAUCAAAUCUGCACAAAACGGGAAUUGUGAUGCAUUAUCGCGAUUACCGGUGGAAGACAGCACUCCGAUUUUUAACAAUGAGUAUACAUCGAUAAAUUACGCCGAAGAGUCGCUGGAAACAUUAGACGCGGUGGAGGUUGCGAAAGAAACAAAACGAGAUAAAACGCUGAGUAAAAUAAUUCGAUACGUGAAAGAUGUGUGGCCAAAUGCAAGCGAAUUGACUGAGUAUGAAAAGAGUUUCUAUGUGAAACGUGACGAGUUGGUGGUAGAAAAAGAGUGCAUCAUGUGGGGAUUCAGGGUAGUCAUUCCGGAAACGAUGCAAAGAUGUGUAUUGAAUGAGUUGCAUGCGUCUCAUUUCGGCGUAGUAAAAAUGAAGAUGCUGGCAAGAUCUUAUGUAUGGUGGCCGAAUAUCGAUAAAGAUAUCGAGAACGUUGCGGCAGCAUGUAGAGUGUGUGUACAAGAGCAAAGAAAACCGGUGAGUGUUCCGUUAACACCGUGGCCGUAUCCGGGUAAAUGUUGGAGUCGGAUACAUACCGAUUUCUUAGGCCCAUUUCAUGGUCAUAUGUUUAUGUUAAUCAUCGAUGCUUACUCGAAGUGGCCCGAAAUUAUAGAUAUGCAAAAGUGCACCCAGACGUCGAAUGUAAUUAGAGAAUUUAGGAAAGUAAUAGCGCGCAUGGGAUUCCCCAGACACAUAGUUAGUGACAAUGGUACACAAUACACGAGUAACGAAUUUCAUGAGUAUUGUAAAAGUCGCGGGAUAAAACAGAGCUUCACGGCACCGCAUCAUCCCGCGACAAACGGCGCAGCUGAGAAUUUUGUGGGUACGUUCAAAGAUAAAGUGGACAAAAUCAUUAAGAGUGGCAAAUCGCUUAAUGAGGCGAUUGAUAUUUUUUUAUUUGAUUAUCGAUCUACGGCACAUUGCACGACGGGUAGAACGCCUGCAUUCAUGAUGUACAAACGAGAGCUCAGAACAAGAUUUGACUUGUUAAAGCCGAAUGUGAGUGAGGAGGUACAUAACAAGCAGGUGGCUCAAGUAAUAAGUAAAAAAGGCAGUCGCAAUAUCGAUUUCCAGACGGGCGAUGUUGUGAUGGUGGAUGAUUUUAGCGUACGUAGUAACAAGCGAACUCAAGGUCAAAUCAUGAAGAAAUUAUCUCCAGUCACGUUCGAAGUUAAAGUAGGGUCGGGCAACACGUGGAAACGUCACGUUGACCAGAUGGUUCGCCUCAAGGUUCCAAGGGCUGAUAAAGCUCCUAUUGUUCUUUUCUAUUUCAAAUACAUAUAUGAUACUUAG